UAAAAGUUUUGUAUAACAUUUUGCAGCUUGUUUGAAUUUAUUUCAGGCAAUCUUUUUAUUUUUUUUCGGGAUUUGCAGCUUGGAGCAGGCGGCAGCUUGGCGACCAACAGGUGGAAGCGGUAUACAGCAAGAGAGUAAAGUGAAAGAAAAUAAAUUGGAACGGAGCCAAGCAUUACAAUUGUGCUGCGUUUUCCGAAGCAAUUUCAACUGCAAUUCACCAAGAGACAUUUGCUGGGAAAUGGAGCACGAUUUAAAGCAACAAGAGGAGCAAGAAUUGCCCAACCCUGACAGACUGAUUCUGAAUGAAGCGGAUGCUAAAGAUGACGACAGUCGUAUUUAUAAAAUCAAGAUCUCGAUGCAGCCGGAUGGACGCUCGAUUUCGCUGACAUUGCCGGCGAACACCACAUUGCUGGAGCUGAAAACUGAUGUCUAUUAUAUAACCGACAUACCGGUAAGGCAUCAGGUCUGGUCAGGCUGGCCACUGGACGUGGCCAUUGACAAUGCCACCAAUUUGGCCCAGUCGGGCAUCGGACGCAGGCACACUUUUGUGGUGCAGAGCACCACACCGCACAACAACUCGCAGUCGAGCAGUGACUUUGAGGCGGAUGAUAAAUAUGAGUAUUCCGACAGCUCCUCGGAUGAAUCCCAAUCGGACUCCGAGUCUGAUUUAAGAGGCUAUCAAUUAUUUUGCUGCGACUCAAAGCCGGCGCCAAUCCAUUUGAUAGCCGACGGAACAAUCUGCGAGGCGACCGGCUCCAAGCAGUUUGUGGAUAAUUACAAGCAACGCUUUGGGGCACCACAUCCGGAGUUUCAUGUGGGCAGCCUUGAAAGCGCGUUGCAACUGGCCAAGGCUUCCAAUCUGGAGAAUGAGCACAAGUUAUUCGCCAUUUAUUUGCAUCAUGGCGCAAGUAUUCUGACAAACAUAUUUUGCCAUCGCCUGCUGAAGGACGAGAGCCUUUUGGAGCUAUUGAAGCACAACUUUGUGCUCUAUGGCUGGGAUCUGACCUGCAAAAGCAACGAAAAACUCUUUCUACUCAGGCUGGGCAAGCACUGCGGUCAGACGGCUGUCGAUUUGGCUGCCGGUAUGAAACUCGAUCAACUGCCAGCCAUUCUGAUAGUUUCUAUGAACUCUUUUAUUAUUCCCGGCAAUAUUGGUUUGGAUGAACUGCAAUUGCGACUGCUGGAGGCUAUUGAGCUUAAGGAGUUUUUAAUUUAAAUAAUAAACACAAUGUGAUUGAAUAGUAACAUGGCUUUUGAAUAAAUAAUUAUAAAGAUA